CGUGUGUGCUUCCGGUUACCUGAUGGGACUGGCACCCACACGACAGAAAGCAUCGGUUCUCAGCUUCGACAAUAGUUGAGUUUAGCGAUCUGCUUCGGUUUGCUGCAAGGUUUCACUUACAACUACUCAUAUCGGUUUUAUCGUGCAAGUGAAAAAUGCUGUGUCGUACACGUAUUCUUGGAGCACUUUUCCGGACUUCAUCAUCGUUCGAAGCUGUAAGCCGUCGUCACCCCUUACCUUUUUUCUUGAUCUUUGCAGUCAAUCAAACUUGUACAGGACCCCAUUACCUGCAGUUGUAUUCCUUAAGUGACAGCAGGAGAGUACGUAUUGCUCGUGCAUUUCAUCAACAGUAAUCUUCCUCUGACUUCUCUCCCCGCGUUUCUUUCCGAAAUUUUUCAGCCUUUUGAACCACGACGAUGGGCGACGCGAAGUCCGAAGUCACCUCCUACGAGAAGGUGGAUUUUCCUUCACUGAUAAAGGAGGUGAAUGGGAAUUUUGUCACUCUGGACGACGUCCGCCGCAUAUCCGAGCUGCUGAUCACGCGGCUGCAAACCCGAAAGGCGCCACUGAAGCACGUUGCGAGCACUGGCGAAGACGCGACCUCCGCGCCAACCACUUCCGCCAUGCCAGACGUGGACCACACCAUGCACGCCCUGGAUGAUGGAGUCCGGGGCAGCAAGACGGCGAACGCGCGCGCGGACCCGGGAAAGCGCGCCUCCGUGGCGCAGGAUUCGCUGUUCAACAAUUUCGCGAACAAAAACUCGCCCGGGUGGCUGAUGGCGGAGCACGCGCUCAGCGAGGGCUACGCGGGGCUCGCGGAGGUGAUUCUUUCGCAGGAAAAGCAGUGCUGGGAAAACGUGUCGAUGUUUUUUCUGCAGACCCCGGGGGUGCACACCUACAGCAAGGAGGCCGACGACUUCCUCUCCGCGCCGCCCCACCUGUGGUACUACCUGAAGGGCAAGUGGGUGCGGUUCCGGGAGCGCUGCCGCAACCCGGAGAAGUUCCGCACGCCGCACUGCGGGGCAACGGACAAUUUGCCGACCAUGUCGGGCAACAAGGUGUUCGCGAUGCACGCGGCGGUGUUCGCCGUUGUGCUCGCACUCUACAUCCUGGUCGCCGACGCCUGCGCGCGCGCCAAGCCGGGCGAUUACACGGCGUUGCGCUGCCUCGAGGCGGAGUCCUUCACUAGUCAGCACGUCCCCAACGUCCUAGUUACCUCCCUGCCGGUGUUUUUCGCGGUUUUCACGGUCAACUCCGCCUUCCAGCACUUCCGCCGCACCUGGACGCAGACCUACCGCUUCGGCGAGGAGUUGAGUGAAAUUUUGACGCAGUUCCUCAUCAUGUCCUCCAUCGAAGUGAACCUGUUCAAAGCGAAGGUCGUGAAAAAACCGGCGAACAAGACUACUGCGUCUGCCGCAGCCAGCACGAAUGACGUGAAAGUCAGCGUUUCAACUACAUCCGGAGCCGACGGUGCGGAGAAUGAUGUUUCUGCGGUGAACAAGGAGGAACAGCAGCAGCAACCACCAGCUCAAGAAGAGGUGGAAGAGCAGGUGGUGAUGCCGAGCGCGAUUUUGGCGAACAACUUGGAGAUGGCGCGGUACUCCGCGCUACUGGCCAUUUUCCUGUACCACAGUCUGAACCCGAUCACCUACAACAUCGAGGCCUUCGUGCCCUUCAUGAUCGAGCGGUACGGGCUGUGCGAGUACGGUCUGAUGGACGCCAUCGACUGGCACCGCUGGAUCCAGCCACGCAUCCUCGCCAACCAGAAACACAACAUGCUGUGGAAGAACCACGCGUUCAGCGGCCGGGUUUCGCAGCUGCACGACGCGCAGCACUGGGGGUCGGCCGUCACGCAGUGGGCCAGCGAGGGCGUUUUGGACGUGAUCAUGCGGUAUGGAUUGUAAAAGUGUCUGGGUCUGGAAGAUUUCUAGAUUUGUCAUGCAUAUUUUCCAUGACCCAUGAUGUCAAUGUCUGUGAUGCAUGCCGUAGCGUCACAGAUUUUUAGAGCGCUUCCUUGUGCCUAUUCCCGGAGCGCAAAGUCUACUCCUCUUACUGGUCAUGCAAUACAAAUUUUUUUCGAAUCCAGAGACAGCAUCACAAGUUUAUAAUCUUCCAGACCCAGACAUAUUUGCAAUCCAUAUGCGGGGCCGCCACCUGGCGCACACCAACGACCCGCCCAUCGUGUCUUUCAACAUCAAGACGUGGCAGGACCUCGUGGUGGCCAAGAACGAACUGGUCGCCGAGCAGGCAAAGUUGCUGCCGAAGGUGCUGUAUUACACCAUGUGGACGGCGAUUCUGUUUUUGUUCUUUUUCCAGUUCAUCAAGCAGUCCACCGCCUGCGGGAACGCGCUGGCGCGCACGGGCGCCAGCUACGGGGGUUUGCUGUGGGCCACGAUUCCCGGCACGCAGCAGCCUUUCCACCUUUCCAUCGACGAGGACCAGGAGUACAUCAUCGACGCCACGCAGGCCGCUUUCGCCGGCUUUGCCUACAUGUUUCUGUGCUACUUUUUCUUCACGAUCGUGCGGAUGGUGCUGGAUCUGCUGGACCCGGUGGCCGCGGACGCGGACUCCGUGCCGAUCAUGCCGCUGCUCGACUCCACGCUGCAGCGGCUCUUCAACCGCGUGAUCCUUCGGUGCGUCACCGUGAUGGUCCGCCAGGAAGCCUUCGAGGAGCAGCGGAAGGUGAGGAACAAGGACGCAGCGGGGGCGCACAAGUCCGGCGCGCAGCAGUUCUCGUCCCCCCUGGCAACCUUGCAGCUGCGGCCGGACGAAACCGAGCGCGUGCGGAACCGCCGGUCGCUGCAGGACCUGGGCGACGCGCAGGUGCAGAACAACCAGUCCGGGUGGACGCUGCGGACCUUCGACGGCCUGCCCGCGCCGUUCCCGCAGCUGAAGGCCUGCAGCGGGAAGACGCGGCACUGGGUGCGGGCCGUGCUGGGGGCGAAGUUCGCCAGCGGGGACGACGACGACCUGGAGGCGGAGUUCCGCAGCGGCCGGUUGGGCAAACCGGAAUUGGGGAAGAAGAAGAGCGGACCGAAAACGGAAGGGGAAGGGAGACAUGUGGACUUCUCCAGCGGCGAGGAAGAUGACGAUUUCGUCGCCGGCGCAUUGGAUGCGUAGUCGCAGAAUUAUUUGGGUCAACAUCUGGGAUGCUAGCAAACUUCUGCAUUUCUUUUUGUAUCCAGUUUCUCUUUUCUCAACGCAGUUAACGAAUCUAUCACGUGUACAUUUCCUUCAUUAUCACCCCGGUUUUCUUGAGAAUGAAUUCUUUCGAAUCUUUUCAACCAGAACGCAGAACGAAGAAACCUCAGCACUUCUUGAUACAUACGAAAAAAGAAUAAAUGUCUCAAAUUUUUUUACACUUGAUCCCCCAAGUGUCAUUGAAUGUGACAAAUACGCCGACAUGUGACGAAGAACUAUCACAGAGGAAGUAAGAAGUACUUAGAAUUGUGUUCUCUGAGAGCUUUCCCGAGUGUUGAGUACCAGUGCCGCAAGAGGGAAGAAAAAGAUGAAGAAGGAGGCAUGCAGGACAUCGAAAAGGGGCACAGAGUGAUACAAGACCUGCGCAAUAAUUCAUGUUGAGCUAUUUAUCUUUCUAGAAAUUGAAGUGAAU